AUGGGAAACAGAACUAUCGAUGUUGUGGAUGCCUUGUUUAUCAUGGGCAGCUUUGGUCUGUCCGAGAAAGGUGCUUAUGUAACCAUCUCCUUUGGCAUUGUCAUUUAUUGCUUCACGGUGGCCUGUAACUUGAUUCUCCUUCUCCUCAUAGCCAUGAACAAAAGCCUACAUGAGCCAAUGUAUGCAUUCUUGUGCAACUUGUCUAUUAAUGACCUAAUAGGAAUCAGUGCCUUUUUUCCCAGGACCAUGUGGGAUAUGGUGUCAGAAGACAGGUCAAUCACAUUUCCAGAAUGCCUGAUCCAAGCUGUCUGCCUCCACAUGUAUGGUGGCGCCACACUUCUGAUUAUGUCCAUCAUGGCAUUUGACCGAUAUAUUGCCAUCUGCUACCCGUUAAGGUACCACAAUAUCAUGACACGAUCCUGUGUGAUAAAACUGAUUGUGUCAGCCUGGCUCUCAGAUUUUCUGCUGAUCUGCACUCUGUUUGUGCUCACGUUGCGCUUCCCGUUCUGCAAGACUGCGCUCACCAACUUUUACUGCGACAAUGUCUCCCUCCUCCGUUUGACCUGUGCAACAGACACCACAGUUAACAACAUCUACGGUCUGUUUAUCACAGGCCUCCUGCAUGGCCUGGGCAUUUUUUCAGUUGUGUUCUCCUACACCUGGAUUCUGGUCACAUGUUUAAGAAACAAAGAUACUGAGUCAAAAGGCAAGGCAGUGCACACCUGUGCUACACACUUGCUGGUCUUCCUGAUCUACGAGUUCUCUGGUAUCAUCAUCGUCCUUGUUUACCGACUUCCAUAUUUUCCUCCUUUGCUGCAAAAGUUUAUGUCAAUAUCUUUUCUGAUUUUUCCUCCAAGUCUAAACCCAGUGAUAUAUGGUAUAAAAACCAAAGCUAUUCAAAGUAAAUUAAAGCAGAUGUUUGCCAACAGGAUUUUCACCAACCACAUGGCAACGAUUUCCUGGUCAAAAACAGUCAAGUCUAUAGCUUGA